AUGGACGACGGCGGCGUCACGGGCUGUCACUUCCCGCUGCCGCCGUGGCACUCGUGUGAAGUGGUGCCAGCGCCGCAGCCGCCCUCCAAGGCCGAGGUGCACUUCAGCGAGGACGGCACCAACUACCACGACAAGCCCCUGAAGUCACCCUCGAGCUGGCCCCCGACCCUGCCGGCGGGGAGCCACAACCUCACCCUCGACCUGAGGCACCGCACGGGCAGGGUCCUGAAGGCGCUGUUCUUCUUCUCGGGUCCCUGGCUGGCCGUCAGCGAGGUCUACUUCGACAGCGAGCCGUGCCUGUGCAACCUGACGGACUGGACUGACGGCGAGACAUCGGCGCCGGCGGAGCACACGGCCGGCCGCCGCGACGACUCGCACGACGUGUCGGCCGUGUCCGCCGUGCACGCCCACACGCGGGCGUACAUGGGCGUGGUGAUCGGCUUCGUGGUGGCCGUGUUCCUGCUGGUGGCGGCGGGGCUGCUGGUGUACGUGCGGCGCCUGCGCAAGAAGAAGGCGUCGCCGCACGUACUCAAGAGCCCGCUGUCGGACACGGCCAGCGUGGCCUUCGACAUGAAGAGCCUGCGCCUGGCCACCAGCUACUCGGGCACGAGCGGCGGCGCGGGCGCGGCCAUGUACGGCCCCGUGGCCGUGCCCGACGAGGAGGGAUCGCUCUACCACGAGCCCUACAAGACGCCGCUCUUCUCCGCCUCCGAGUACAGCGUGGCCACCAUCGGCAGGCACUUCAGCGACUUCUCCAAGGACGGCGCCGCCACCCCCGGCCACCAGAGCAAGAGCAGCAACGUGGUGGGCGGCGAGUACGCCGUGCCCAUCCUCUCCACGCCCCCGCCGCCCUUCAACACCGACGCCGCCGCGCCCUUCGCCACCACGCCCAUCAGCGCGCCGCCCACGCCCUUCUCGCACGCCACCACGCCGCACUCCACGGCCUCCACGCCCUUCAGUAACAAUAGAGGGUUCAGCGAGAGGACGAACAGAGUCCAGCGAUUUCAGGAUAAAGCCAUGGAAGGCAGGAUUAGAUUGCAAGGGAUCAGGAUUACAGCCGAGUGGGAUUAA